AUGAGUAACAGCAAUAUUAGCACCAUUAAAAUUAUUAACAAUUCGACCAGUAUUUGGAUCGAAAGCAGACAAAAGACCAGGUAUCAGAUGAUCAGAGCUGACAGAUGUCCUAUAUUAAAUCCUAAACAAGCAGCUGAGUUAUGCUUCACUCCCCAGCUUGGAAUGUGAGAUGCCCCUAUGGGAGUCGGAGCGGAUCAAUUUUUCCAAACUAAAGAUGGAGCCCAGAAGUUCCUUCUUUCUUGGUCCAUCCCACCGCUUAAUUGUAAGCCAAAAGUCAGAGUGACUUUUGAGCAAAAUAUUAAAGUUGAGGCUUCAUUUGAAAAUAAGAACUUGGUGGUUAGAAUCGCUACUGAAGAAGAAGAGCUCCCACCAAUCAUUGCUCCUAAAAUUCACCGCAAAAUGAGUGAGGAUAACAAAAUUGAUGAUUCUUUGAAACUUGAAAAGCAUGAUACAACUAUUUCUAAGGUUACAGUCUUACAGAAAUCUGAGAUCCAUUCAAACACAACUGAUGCAGAUUCUGAAGACUUGGUGAGAAGCACUAUCCUUGUCAAUACUUCCAGAUGCAACGAGUAUUCUAUCAGCCAAAGGAAGGCAGACUCGUUAUCAGAUAUCGGUGAUUGACCAGAAAAGCUUAUCGAGAAGACCUUCUCUUAUCAAACAUGUAAUUACUUUCCGCUUGGUUACCAAAUCAAGCCUCCCUCUCUCGAUCUGGAUUAAGACAAAGACCCAAGUCACCAGUAUAUGAGAGUUUAGGAGUGGUGUAACACAUACCGACAGAAAUCCUAUAUUUCAUCUAAAUUUCCGUAUAAAUUCUAUAAUAACUUUAU